UUAGGGUAUGUGUGAAAAGUUGAAAUGUGAAACUUUUCAUUUGUUCAGAUUUGUUUGUUGGUUAAGAAGGAAAAUAGGAAACUCUAAAGAUUACUGCUUAUCAUUGCAAAAGUGCUUGAAAAUAGGCUUUUUGUGUCUCAGGUAGACCAUUGGUUCCUAACUGGAGAAAUUUAACAAUGUCUGGAGACAGUUUUGGUUGUACUAUCAAGGGAUGGCUGGGAUACCACUGGCAUCUAAUGGAUAGAGGCUAGAGAUGUUGCUAAACAUUCUGUGUGCACAAGACAGCCCCCACAAAAGAAAACAUUCCCAAGUUCUAUAUGUUUGAUAGUGCCUGAGAAACCCUGGUCUAGGUAUAUUUAAGGUAUAUAGCAAAAGAAGAGAGAGAAAAUACUAGAUUUUUUUUUACAAUUAGAAAAAUCAGCUAUGCCAAGCUUUAUGAGAAUCUGUUUAUAUAUUUUAUAAUCUGUAAUAUUAUGAAAGCCUUAAUGUUUGGAGUUCACAGCAACAUACAUGUAUGUUUUAAGGUUGCUCUCAGCAUCAAAUCUGCCUUCCAAAGUGGAAGGUGUUGUAGGAGUACAAGUCUAGUUUUAGCCUUCUGUAUCUUGUUUUUUCCCAUAAAAUGAAAGAUAAAACACUGGGGCCUAUCUCUUUAGCAGGGAGCCUACAAAUCAAAGAUUUAGCUUUGGGGACAACACGUGACCCUUAACCACCCCUUGGGCAGCCACUAGACAGGAAUGACUGCUAACUUCCCAAGGAAACCCCGAGCAGACCCACAUAAAGUUUUUAACAUACUCUCUUAAUCCUGCUUAAGAAGACACAUGUAGGGGGAAAUAUGGCUAGUCAGAAAUACAAUUAAGAAAUUAGUGUAAAAGACAACUUUUUAAAAACUAGUCUCUUUUUGCAACUCAAUGGUACUUUUGACAGAUUUUAUAAGGAUCAAUCCCAGAGUUAGAAAAGUAUGUAAUAAAUCAAAGAAAUAAUUGUGCUCUGAUGUGUUUAAUUAGUCUGUAGAAUGCUAGGUUUGGAAGUGACUUGAAAACAUUUUCCAGUCCAUUAUUCUGUAAGGGACGGUCCUGUGGCUUGCACCAGGUGAUGCAUUAAGUUAAUGGUACAGGUGGAAACAGAAUCCAGGCUUCCGGAGGCUUUGCUUCUUUGACUAGUUAUGACCCUUGUUUUAUGUUCUUGAUUCAUACAGUGCCAUAGAAUGUAUUCAUACUUAGUGCCGCCUCUUGUAGUGUUUUUAUCAGCUUGUAUGUCCAAACCAGUACACUGGUGUCCUGAGUUCUUUAAUGAACGCCUGAGUAGUCCAAGGGAUUUUGCAUUAUUGCAGCCCCUUUUUGAAGGUCUUGCUCGCUCAGGUCGGCCCGUAAUCUUGGAGAAAGCACAUAGGAUGUGCAGCAUUGGCAUUCAGAACAUUAACGAUGAAAACCGGAGCUCCUGCCGUCCAGUGUGUCGGUUUUAGGAAUCCUGUGACACUGGAGAUGUCCUUUCCCAGCUGCAGUCUUUAAAUUCCAAUAUUCAAGGGUGGUCCUACCCUGGGUAAAAUCAGGAAGUAAAAAAUCACCUUUGUGACGGGUGAGGCAGGGAUUGCGAAUCUUGGUAAAACGGGUUAGGUGCUCUCACAAAAAGAAGCAGGAACGAAACCUGCAGCCAGCCCCCGAACCCACGACUGGCAGUCAGGAUGCAAGUGAGGCCCCGCCCCGGAAAUGAUGAGAGACUUCCGCCCACGAGGGAUUCUCGGAGCUGGUUGCUUCUCUGGCUGCAGUAGGGUCCUUUGCUCUUGGACGGUAGUGUGGUGGGCACUGCUCAGGUGCAAUCCUUUGGAUUCCCUCUCCCUGGGCGGGCCGGGGUGGAUCGUGGGCGUGAACCUCGAGAGGCGGGACGAAGUAUUGCAGAAAAGGGAGGCCCUCGCGAAGAAUCUUACUGAAUUGCAGACUGUCCAGUUACAAGAAAGCUGCCUGUCUGAAUUUUUAGAAGAGCUGCUUUUGUUGGUUCCAAGGAUUCUGUUACUAGAAAACUCUGCUCUGAGCUGGCUCCUGCAGCUCCUUUGACAAUGACUGAGGCCAGUUCCUGACUCUUCUGCUGAGUAAUUCCAGAGAUUCCUCUCACGAACCACUGAGAGGGAAGCCUCCAGGAUCCUAGAGCGGACGACUUGGUGUCUGGGGCAGAAGUCGACCUCUGGAGGCCACUGCAGGCAUCAAAGGCCCCUUGGUUCGUCAAACUACGGUUUUCCGGGAAUCAAGGCCAAAGGUAUGAACAAGGUGUUAAUUCUGAAGGAAAGAUUUUUGUAAGGAUGGAUCCACACCAGAAGGUCCCCAGCACAUAUAAUGGGUAUACUUUACAGAUUCCUGAGAAUGAAAAAGCUUCCUAUAACUGGUAUGAGGACCAGUUAGAAAGUCAUGAGGCGAGGUCUGCAGAAGAAAGACGGUAUACAUGCAGUGAAUGUGGAAAGAAGUUUGCUCAGAGCUCAGGCCUUGUUCGACAUCAGAGAAUCCACACUGGAGAGAAACCCUAUGAGUGUGAUCACUGUGGAAAAGCCUUCAGUGUACGCUCAACUCUCACUGUGCAUGAAAGAAUCCACACUGGUGAGAAACCCUAUACUUGUAAUGAGUGUAGGAAAGCUUUCAGUGUGAGGGCACACCUGAUUAUACAUCAGAGAAUCCACAAUGGAGAGAAGCCCUAUGAAUGUAAUGAAUGUGGCAAAGCAUUUAGUGUGAGUUCAGACCUCAUCAAACAUCAGAGAAUCCACUCUGGUGAGAAACCUUAUGAGUGUGAUGAGUGUGGGAAGGGCUUCAGUGUGAGUUCAGCCCUUAUCAAACAUCAGAGAAUCCACACAGGAGAGAAGCCAUAUGAGUGUAAGGAGUGUGGAAAGGCCUUCUAUGUGAACUCAGCCCUUAUUAAUCAUCAGAGGAUUCAUUCUGGAGAAAAGCCCUAUAAGUGUGGAGAAUGCAGAAAAGCAUUCAGCCAAAUCUCAACGCUUAUUCAUCACCAGAGAAUCCAUACUGGAGAGAAACCAUACGAGUGUGAUGAGUGUGGGAAAGCAUUCCGUGGGAGCUCUAAUCUUACUAAACACCAGAAAAUACACGCUAAAGGAAAGUGUGAUCAAUGACUUACAUGGUGAAGACAUUACAAAGGCCUUUUUUUUUUUUCAAGUCAGAAGUUGUCACCAGAAGAAGGGUAUGACAAAAGUUAAUGCUUUAGUUGACACUUCAAUUUCUUGGAAUAUCAGAGAAAUGAGAAGUCAGUGAAAAAUGACUUCACCAUUAUAAUGAUCGACUCAGUCUCUAAAAUCAUACCCACUUCUGAGAAUGCAGCUUUACAAAUCAUAAGGUAAAUAAUGUAGUUUGUUGUGUUUUAGUAAGUGCAACCUCAGUAUUUCCAACAUAAUUUUUACUUUUUUUAUGUGCAAACAUUUUGUUGUUAUUGUUGGUACCAGUUUAUAGAUGAAACAUUAAAUUUUGAAAUUGGAAGUGAUGUUGGUUGGUGGAGACUAACAUAUCCUCUUUGAAUCUGGAAAUAUUGGAGUCUUUUUUUGGUGCUGUCUUGGCAGUGAGACAAUCCCCACACCUGUCCUGAUUUCACGUGACCCUUGCCUGCCGCUGUUCCAUGGAUGAGAAUAAAAAGCACUGCAGGAGCCAGCAGUUUUUUCUUGUUGGGCCUCUUGCUAAUGCUAUUGCAGUAAGUAAUUAAAGGCUUGACUGUGUUUCAUUUUUCCUUGUGUUAUAAUGCAACACAUUCUCACUGCUCUAGGAUCCAGGCCAAAAGAGAGUAUUUCUGCCUUGAAUAUGCUACACUUUUUGGCAAAAUAAAAACAGGUAGGACCACAUGAUGACUUGUAAAACAUCUACUCAGGAGGAGCAUAUAUCAUUCCCCUUAGGUUUUGUUAGGCAAAGCAAGUCAGCUAACCAAGCUUUUUUCCCCAUCCAUAUGGUCAAAAAAAAGUAAAGCUUAUAUAGAGGACAGUGAAUAACUAAGGAAAGUAAUAUAAUCUAUCAUUGAAAUAGUGUAUCCACCAUAUUGGCCAAUGUUUAUGCAAUGUUUUCUGUGCCCGGGCUUUCUCUGAGUGCCUUAUAUGUGUAUUUUUCUCAAUAAAAAAAUGAUAUGACAUA